CAAAGCUGAGAUCCGUCUCUGUUGGAUAUACCGCGAGGGUUUAUUCGCUCUUCUGUACGGACACUGCUGUGUGAAGCAAAACGUUAACCGCUCGUCUCUGGAUUAUAUUUAUUUCUGAUGUUUUGCUAUUCCAACCCAAUGAGGAGAAAUGGGUAAACUUCAUUCGAAACAUGCUGCUAUUUGUAAACCGAGGGAAAGCCCUGAAGGCGACAGUUUCGUAGUUAAUGCCUGCUUGGCGAGAAAAGGACUCGACGACUGGCUCGUUAAGCAGAAGUAUUACUGCACUGGAUCUCGCCUAGAACAACAGGACUGCCACCAAAAAAGUACCUGCGGACUUUCUUCGAGGGACCCAUUGGAAGAAGCUUGUGCUGAGGGUAUCAGUGAUGAACAUUAUCGUUUAGAAGUGGCCCUGCCCCCUGAGAAGAUUGACAGCUGCGGUGCAGAGGAGAAGAUGCAGGAAAGAGAGAGCGCCGCCCCCACUGGCCCACACAAACAGCUACAGUUUGAGGAGCUGGAGUGUGCUGUUUCAGUCGAGGAGGAUAACAGACAGGAGUGGACGUUUACUCUGUAUGACUUUGACAAUAAUGGCAAAGUCACGAGAGAAGACAUCACUAGUUUGCUGCACACUAUCUAUGAGGUGGUGGAUGCCUCAGUGAACCACUCGCCCAGCAGCAGCAAAACACUCCGGGUGAAACUGUCUGUCGCACCCGACGCCAGCCAACGAUGGCGGAACUGUACUCAGACGAACACAGACACACCACACCCCAGACUCAAGGGAGAAAAGUGCUUUGAGGAGCCCAAGAGCUCAGAGAAGAAGUCCAGAGCCCUGCUGAGGCGUUACCAUAGUGACCACCACACGCAGCAAGGCUGCCAGAGACAUUGUGUAGACGAAAACCUGGAGAGGAGGAACCAUUAUUUGGACCUGGCUGGCAUUGAGAACUACACCUCACGCUUUGGAACAGCCGUGCCCAUCUCUGAGCCACCCAAACCUGACCAACAUGCCCCACGCUCAGCCAAUCAGACACGUUCCCGGUCCCAUGAACCAGAAAAUGGCCAUGCCUACCCCUCAUCCCACCACCGCCGGUCACACACCAUCUCCACAGAAACUCCAGCACUGCAGGAUGGUCUGUGUCCUCGCCCCCGAGCUCUGGACUCCACUCGCCACACACAUGGCUUCCGCUCACCCAAGCCCCACCAUCGCACUCCCCCAGCACAGGCUUCUUCCAGCAGGGUCAUGAAGAGGGGUGCCCCUCCUCCCCCCGCCCUUCCUGUUCAGGCCGGACCCCAUCAAAGCUCGGGACCCUACCGCCGGCACAAGCAGCGGCCUAAGGAGGGAGGACCCUCGUCCCGGGCACUAGGUCCAGCAGUGACGACUGGACCCGUGGUGGAAAAGGAGCAGGUGAGGGAGCUGCCCAGCAUGGUGCUGUAUGAAGGAGGCCUGGCGCAGGUGGUGCAGCGGCACGAGCACCACCACCAUCAUGAGCACCAUUACCACUAUCACCACUUUUACCAGUCGUGAGGAGCGCCACUGGCAUCCUGGCACCCCAAGGCUCAGAGGAGGAACUGAAGGAAUUAGGUCUGGAAUACGAUGGCUGAGCCAAGACUGACAGACAAUGGACACCAAGUUAAAGUGGCCAAUUGUACUUUUGUAUGUACAUGGACAACUGAGCAAGUGUGUGUGAGUCUGUGUCACACAGCCUUCAGUCUUUUCAAAUGCUAGGACGGCAAAGGGUUUUGGACAGAUUACAGGCUUGGAAAGGGCUAUAUCUCUUUCUUUUCUCACCUCUAUGUUCUUUUGGUCCUUUUCGUUGCCCCUCUUUCGGUCUAUGUGAAGCUGAGAUCCCUAUAAAGGGUCAUGACUGUUAAAUGAAGGAUUGUGAACUAUGAAGGAAAGGGAGAUAUUAGGUAGAAUCUCCUUGUGUGCAUGUCUGUGUUCCUGUACAGUACCAGGGAAAUGUUUAGACACACCUGAUUGAAUGUAUGGUUUUCAUAUAUGUUUUGAUAUAAAGGCUUAUGCUUAAGACAAGACAAAGUAACAAAGUUUACCUGUAUAUGAAUUUGUGAAAUAUUUAUUUAAAUGCCUCUAAGAAGUUUUUCAGGAGCCACCAAGGUCUCAACAUAUGCAGAACUUCUGCAAGAUAGUUGGAAAAGCAUCUCAGGUAGUUCACCGUAUUUAAAAGUGGACAGCAAAAUCAAAAUUUAGGACUCAUCAGGCCAAAAACUGAAAACUAACAAUAAAUAAAUUUACAUUAAAUGAAUGUACUAAAUCUUUUAAGUACAAAGGCAAAGGUAUGUGCCAUGACAAAGGUGAUUAAGUUGGUCAUCCAGGGCAAUGAAUUCUUUUAGAUUUUAUUAUUAUUAUUUUUUUCAUUUCAAAAACAGAUACCGUCAUGGUGCUAACAGGGACUCUGCUUUUGUUGUGUUGCAGCUCAUUUUUCUAAUGUCCCCUGUGGAAACCCCUGAAAUAAUUCCACAUAGGUGAUAUUUUCACUGUUUUCACUGUGUCUACACUGACCAGGACAGGAAAGGAAAACAGCAUUUUUAAUCACGGUUUCAUAUUUUCAUUAAAAUUAUUGGUAACGUCUUUGAUUUUGACACUUGGUUCUUUGUAAUUUAUAUUUUCAGUUAAACUUUUUUCCCUUUUUUAUAAAAAUUUUAGGGGGCCGCAAUUUGGGUACAUCCCUAAUCUCAGGUGGCUCCUCAUGAAGCUAAGAGAAUGCAGAGGGUGCAACACUGCAUUAAAAAAAGGGAGGUUUAUAUUAGAAACUUUGAAGAAUAGAUAGCUUUAUUUGUUUUUUGGUCAUUGCCUAAUACAAUAUGUCUUAGUAUGUCUUUUUUAAAUUUUUAUUUCUUCAGUAUUAUUUAAAAAUAUGUAAAAUAAUGAAAUGUGGAGGUGUGUCCAAACUUUUGCCUAGUACUAUGUGUGUGUGUGUGUGUGUGUGUGUGUGUGUGUGUGUGUGUGUCUGUGUCCCAAUUGCCUAGGGUGUCUUUGCUGACACAAGUCCUGUGUUCUUGCCACUUGACAACCACUUGAAAAGCACUUCUGGUGCAGCAUUCGGAAAAAAACUUUGCUACGAAAAGCUCACCAGUGGACAAAUGGCUCAGACCCAAUUUCCCUUCAUGCAAUACCAGACUCAGCUUCAGAGAAAUCAAAACAGGAGUGCAUGAAUGCAGAGUGAGGAAGAAGGAAAAAAAUCAUAAUCUGCUGCUACCUCUAGUAUUAUUAUAAUUGUUGAUAAAAAUGAUCAUUUAGGUGUUAUUUUUUAUUUUUUUGUUUUCUUUCUUUUCUAAUAUGCCACUGAUCUACAGUUAUGUCAUCAUACAUAUUCUCCACAGACUUGUAUGUACGUGUUUAGCAAAAAGAAAUGUACUGUCAACAUUGUAAGCUUUAUUAACAAUGUAAUAUUUUUAUUCAUUCUGGAAAGCAAUUUUGUUGCUCCUCAGCCGUAGAUUUAAAUGUUAAGAGUUUUUUUCUUGUAAAGACCACUAAGUAUGAAAGAUUUAUAGUGCAGUUAAGUGUAGUAUAUGACAAUAUAUAUGGAAUCUUUGCACAAUAGAGGUGUGAAGUUUCCCUUUCAAGCAGAUGACCUACAGUGAAAUCAGACAGAUGUGCAGGUGUGUGUGUGCAAGAAAGUUGCAUUUGUGUGUAUGGGUGGGGGGACGGGUGUGUGUGUGUGUGUGUGUGUGUGUGUGUGUGUGUGUGUGUGUGUGUGUGUGUAACUGUAUGUGUGUGCCAGCUGUCUCAUUCCUAAGGUGCAGAAUGACAGCAGUGGCGGCUUGCAGUCUCCACUCCAUCCAUAACUCACCAAAGCCUAAAGCCUGCUGUCAGAGGAGCUAGUAAGUGUGUGUGUGUGUGUGUGUGUGUGUGUGUGUGUGUGUGUACACUACCAUUCAAAAGUUUGGAAUCACUAUUUUAUAUACAGCCACCCCAAAAGUAUAUUCUAAUUAUUUAACAAUUAGAAAACUUUAAACUACAUUUGUGUGAGUUUAUGCAUCAAAAACAGUCAUAAUUAUUUUCAAAUGUCCAUUUUGCAACCUCUCCUUAUCUUGUACAAUUAACAACCUGUUUGCAUAAGACUGAUAUCUGAUAUAUGUAAAUAACCUGAUUGGCUGCCCUGUUAUUGGCUAAAACACUGCUUAUAACUUCAGCAUGAAUGGGAGGGCCAAAGUGCCAUAGGCUAAUUAGACAGAUAUGCAUGAGUGCCAAAACAUACCAUUCACUCCUCAGUCCAUAGUGUCCGUACAUAGAAAUUAAGCUGCAAAAACAGUCUGUUUUGCAUUAAUUAUUUUUGUGAUGUCACAAAAACCAACAAAUUAUAGCUCCGCCCUUUUAUCCUGAAGUUACAAAGAGUGUUUCAGCAACUGCUUUUUGAAUGAUGCACAGUACAGGACAGCCAAUCAGAACAGAGCUCAUUUUCACAUGUUCUUAAAGGUCCAGCAAAAAAAAAACUCUAAGGCGUAUAGAGAGGUUAAAAAAUGAUCAUGUAAAAAUAAUUCAGACGGGUCCGUUAAUAUGUUAAUUAUUAUUAUUAUUAUUAUUUUAGUUUAUUGGAGCAUUAAACAGUAUAAAUGCAAAAUAUUAAAUAAUUAUGCAGUUGACAAACGAAUACAUCAUCAAAUGGUUCUAACGGUUAUAAAUAAUAAUCAUCAAACGGUUCUAACAGUUACACGUGCAUAUUGAAUUAAGAGGCACACAGUAAACGAUACAAUACAAUAUGUUCUAGUAUCAACCAAUACUGAAGGUUAUCUGUAUUGCUAUUGGUUUCACAUUGUUGGAAAUAUUGAUUCCAGACUUGGAGGAGGUACAUGUGUGACAUUCAGAGAGAGAGAGAGAGAGAGAGACGCAGAGACUGGUCUGUAGGAGCUGAUGUCAUAUAUGCAGGUUGUACUCCAGGUGCUUUAACCCUCCCGAUUUGUAGCAGAUGAGUAGGCUAGCAGAUAGUAUAUAAUGACUUUAGCAGUAUGAUGGGUAUAAAUGCAGUUUAUCUUCUUAAGUUAUUUCUCUCACUUGGCUUCCUCCUCUCUCUCUUCUUCUGACCUUAGACUGUCUCAGUAAAAAUGUAGCAUGUUCAUCUGGCACCAAUAACACAGAGUCCCGGCAGAGUGUGGCGUCUCUCAGGGGACACAGCUGCAUCCAACAGUGCAAACAUUCAGCUCAGCGCUCACAUUUGGUCUGGCAGAACAGUAGUGAGGAAGGAAAAAAGUCAUAAAGAAAUGAGCUAGGAUGCGAACCACAAAUGUCUGUCAGAUCUGGUAUGAGGGUGGUCUCAUUAAAACUAAUGUACCAUUGAGUUUUUCUUUCAGCUGCUCUCUCUCUUUCUCUCUCCUCUAUCGCCCUCUGACUCUCUCUGUCUCCCGUUUCGUCCCGUUCUCUCUCUCUCUCUCUCUCUCUCUCUCUCUCUCUCUCUCUCUCUGUUGUAUAGCUGUGAGUCUUGCCCCCUCUUUUAACGUGCACAUAACAUAAGUAAGAUUAAUGAUGCCAUGUGCUGCUUCAGUCUCUGUGUGUGAGCGUGUGUGUGUGUGUUCACUAAUGAAGGAGUGUUCUAAGUGUUUUCUGGUGUCAUGCUGAAGGACUUCCAUUCCUACUAAGGGGAAUCCUCCAGACCUUCGGGAAGCAAUACACUAUUAUUAUUGUUAUUGUUGUUAUUAUUAUUUUAAAGCUACCAUAAUACUGUACUUCAGAAGACAUUCUCCAUAACCCUGCACUGAGCAUUGAGUGCAUACUUUGACCUGUUUCAAUAUUUUCCAGGUGUUGCCUUUUCUUUGUGUUCACCAUGUCAUGUUUAUGCUAUAGAGAGUCAUUUACGCCUGUGUAAAUAAUCUAUGGACAGAACGUAAUCCCUGCGUCUACCAGAAGGAAAUAACGUGCUAUUUAUGUUCUUUCUAAGACACUCUGUUUUCUCUGCAUUGUACUUUUGUGUGUGUGGUUAGUUUAGUUAAUAACUGAACUGAUUUAACACACACUCAGUCACAUCAAGGUGCUUGUGUAUUGAAUAAAACCCAGAAUUAGCUGACCCACCCACACCUCCACUCUAGAACACUUUGUCUCUUUUAUUAAUAAGUUCUCAUACAUAUAUUUAGUUUAUAUAGAUGGACUUGAUUAAUUGCUUUAUUUAUUUGCUAGCAGGUCUGUGCCAAGAGAACUACACUUUCAUUAAAGUUUGAACCUCCAUAUCAA